AGCAAAGUUGAAACCAGAGACAAACUAUAACAUGCUGAGAGAUAAAACAGGUUUCUUUCUCAAAGACCCUCGAAAGAACCAAGGGGAUUUUCCCUUCAAUAGGUCCCUUCGGCACAAUGUGAUUUCCUCCUCUUCGGUGAGAUAUACCAGUAGUCGCGCAGAGCCUACGAUGUUUUUGUGGUCCAGGCAACAAUACAGAGGGCAACAAGGAAGAACUUAUAAAAAAGCAACAGGACGUGAAACUUUGGAGAAAUGUAAAAUGGUGUCAGCCCUGAAAGCAGGAGAGGACAGGGCCAUAUUUCUGGGCCUGGGAAUGCUGGUAUGCUCUAUAGUUGUUGCAUUCCUUUUAGGAUCAAGAUUAGUUCAAUCCCACAAAGACAGUGUUUGGACACAGGAAUCGACAUGCACUAUUCUUGAAACCAGAAUUACAAAUUGUAAGAAAUGCAUACACAACUGUGUGUCAAAAUGUUGGAAGCCUUCAGAGUAUCCUUGCGUGCAAAUAUAUGUCAAUCUAUCCUCAACAGGGUCGAGAGUUUUGCUACACCACACGCAUGAAAGUGCACGCUUUAAUCCUGAGUGUUUCUGUGCUACAAAGUGUAGUAAGAAUCGUGCAGAAACUGAAAUGCUCACAGCUUCUAUGACAGAAAAUAGCACGCAAUUCCAGCCUAUUUCUUUUCCUUGUUACUAUGACCCAGAAGGACGACAAAAUAAUGUUCUCUUGACAAGGUUUGAUUUGUCUAAUGCUAUGUUAUAUUUAUCUUUUUGGCCUUCUUGUAUAUUUCUUGGUGGAAUUGUAAUUAUUGUCAUGGUAAAACUGACACAGUACCUGUCUUUGCUCAAUGAACAGUCACAGAUCAGAAAAAAAUAGCCUGUUUUCUCCUAAGUUCCUUAAGAAUUUACAUGUAAAAAUGUUACCAGGAAAGAAUUCCAUUUCUCUGUUACAUAUUUUCAAAUAAAAUUUACUAGAAUGUCUGUUGAUUAAAUAUGUAAAAUGCACUUUGUAUAUCUCCAUAAUUAAACAAUAAUUUAGAAAUGUGUUACUAAUUUGCACAUAGGUAUUAUAGUCACUGAUACUGAUUAGCAAAACGAGAUGUUAAUACAAUCACAUUCUUAGAAUGACUUAGCAGGUGAAAGCAGUGCCUGCAAAUGCUGAGAAUGUGUUGGUGCUAAUAAUUAUCAAUCUGUUUUACUCAUGAUUAUCAUGUGUUUCCUGGAACUUUCAUGUGGAGAAAGGAAUUUUUAACUACAUACUUCUAAAUAACGUACCUUCCACCCAAUUCUUUUCAAAGUCUGAGAUGUAAAGUUUGAUUUGAAUAACUGAUGUUUGUUAAUCAACUGAAGUAGGUAGAGAUAUCAGCGAGACUGCAGUGGGAAGUAGUUACAGAUGCUUGGGUGCAUUAUGUCAGCUGAGUACAAAUAGCAGUGUGUAGCUUUUUUUUAACAGAGACUUUAUAGUUUACUUUAAAAAUUCUACAUUUUUGAAAAGAAAAUGGUGGGAAGAGUGUUAUUUAGACAAAUUGUUUUGUCUUGAAUUGUGUCCUAGUUUUGAGUGCUGUAACUGUUGCACUCAAUCCAAGCAAGUGGACAAAUGCCAUCACAUUCACAAUGUAUGUUAGAGCUGAUGGAGGAGAUCUGGGGAGUCGUCGGCUGGGCCGUUCAACUCCGAAUACCUAGCCACUGAUUUGUUCUAUGGAAUAUCCCAGGAGAUGGUUCGGCUCACUAAUGUUAGAGAUGGUUAUUACCUGGCACCUGUGUGAUAAUGACAAAGCCUGGAUAUUGUCAAGGUCUUGGCAAAUCCAAACAUCAACUUCUUAAUUAUCUGACGAAUUGCUAAGUGAAACUGAACUAUAAUUAUCAACAAAUAUACCCAAUUCUGACCUUACGUUGGAGGGAAGGUCAUUCAUGAAGCAAGUGCUGUCCUAAGAAACACCACUGGAGCUCUGGUGAUCAUCCUCCAGCAGCCACAAACACAGCCAAAAAGAAUGCAAAUUAAUUACGACUGCCAUUAAUUUAAGAUCAUCAAAAAAAUGGAAGGAGAAAUUUCUGAAGAAGGGUCUAGACCCGAAACGUCAGCUUUCCUGCUCCUCUGAUGCUGCUUGGCCUGCUGUGUUCAUCCAGCUCUACAACUUGUUCUCUCAGAUUCUCCAGCAUCUGCAGUUCUUACUGUCUCUGAACCACUUUACUAUGUGCCCUGUUAAAGGUUUUCCUGCAACGUUUGGCUCAAAUGUUCUUUGUCUCGGUAAACUGCUGGAAGUAUGAGAUGAUAAUGAUAUAGCAACUUGGUAUUUGGGACAUUGGUAAAUGACGGCACCAAUAAGGCAUCUCCUUAGCACUUGAGGUUUGAGGAUUGAGAAGUAAAGUGAAAGAACCAAGAAAGAGAAUGUAUUAGAGUGAAUGUUAAAUCAAGUGCAGAAAAAGAAAUAAAAGGGGGAAAAGAUUUGAUUUGAAGUAAGGGGAAACAGACAGAAAAGAAAAUUAAUAAAAACUGUUUUCAAAUUUAAAUUCAACAUUUUUAAAUUCCAACAACAAUCUUAUUAAAGGAGUGAGACUCUAUCCUUAAAAUUUUUCACU